AUGCCGUCGCAUUUAGAGGACGUGCCUCCCCCGCCCUACACUGAGACAGACAUCUUCUCGACCUCGGGGCGAGACGCGCACCUCGCUGACGACACCUCGAGGUCCACUACAUCCACUAACGGGGAUGUCAUUUAUACCCCCCCUCUCACACCCCGAAGCUCCCAUCAGUCCAACUUCGCUGGUGAAGUCGACCAUGGAACAAGCUCGGCUGCCGCUGCAUACUUUGAGACACGCCCGCCUCCUCUGCUGAGCAGCCAACCACAGCUCGUACACUCCAUCACUCUCCUCUCGGGCUCUACCCCAGACGACCUGCCCUACCCGAGCGAGCUCGCUGCACGGGACGUCCGCCUCGAAGACUGGCAGACCUUCACCAACUACUUGUUGCCCAACCACUCAGCAAACACCAACGAACAAAUCAUCGACCGCAAGUUGCGAGCCGAAGCCAUGACGGCGACCAAUAAUACCAACAACCCCAGCAACAACCAUGAAGACGCCCGCUCGCAGUCCUCGGGCCGGAGCCACGCCGAAGCACACCUCAACCGCAUCCGCUCCCCCGUCGACACCGACCCGGCCGAGCACCGCCAAAGCGUCGAAUCCACCGUCCGCGAGUGGAACGAUGGCUUCUUCGGCCCCCGCCGCGUCUCUAUCCGCGUCGACCUCGAGCCCAUGCCCUCCUCCAACCCCCCCAACAACCGUGGUCUGACCGAAAGUGGCCCCGCAACCCCUCCCCGAGAAAAGCCCCCAUGUCAUGCAGAGGCGCAUGAGACAACUCCUUUGACCAGCUCACCCACCCGGACCCAAACGCACCCGCGGGCCUCGACCCCCCGGCGCGGGUAUAACAGGCCUCCUGGCCAGUCCGUAUCUCCGUCGCCAGUAGCAGACGCGGGGAGCGGGACCGGACCCGGACCCGCUGCCGGAGCCUGUGCUGGAACGGAGGCGGCGGGGGGUUUCGAUUCGCGGGCCUCAACAUCCAGUUGGACUGCGUUUUGUUGGUGGGACCGAGGACAGGGCUCGGGGUCUUGUGGUGGUGGUGAGGGAGAGCAAGUGCGUGGACGUGGUGAGCAUCGGGGCUCUGGUGAGGGUCACCAGUCUCGGUGUAGCUCAGCUUCGAGCGCGACGUCCAGGUCGUCGUCUAUCCACUCCGAGUCGUCGGUCGGGUCGCUGCCGGACUAUGAUGACCUGAAGGAUUCUCAGCUGCCCAUCGCGAAGCAGUAUCUCCAGGAAUCGCUGCACCGCCCGGAGCAGAAGAUCACUAAGGAGCGGGUCAAGGCCAUCAAGGAGCAGAUUAAAGCAGCCAAGAAGUCGUCCGGCCCGACCCCAGUGAUCGCUGACAAGACGGCGCUGAGGCGCGAGGUCAGGGAUCUCCUCCGCGACUGGAAGCAGCUCAAGAGACAGCAAAAGCGGGACCGCAAACAGCUCCGGCGUGAACAGAAACAUCGACAGAUGGCGCGGGACAUCCGCCGCGGCCCGUUCGGGAUCCCCCCUAUGCCUCACGCACCCCACGCCCCUCAUGCUCCUCACGCACCUCACGCCCACGCCCAUCACAUGCCUCACAUGCCACCCAUGCCCCCAAUGCCGCCGAUGCCACCAAUGCCUCACAUGCCCCACCAUCCUCACGCACCACCACCACCAGCCUUCGACGCCCACUCGUUCAACCCAUGGGCGGAUUGCUGGAGGACCGGUCGGGUGACGGGGGGUAAGGAUGGGGGUAAGGGGCGGGGAUGGGGUCGGGGAGCAAGAUGGAGGCGGAAGGCGUUGGCGGUGGAGAGGGAGAUUGAGGAUCUGGCGAGGGAGAUGGAGCGGCUGCGCACGCAGGCGGAUGAGGAGUUUGCGAGGGAGUUGGCGCAGGAGGAGGAGAGGUCUGCGAGGCGCUAG